AAACGAAAACGAAAAACGAAAAAUGGAAAAUGAAAAUGAAAAUGAAUGAAAGAAUGAAUGAACGAGAGAGGUCGCCGAUGGUGGCGGAGAUGCAUCAGCGACCCAUUCAAAGCUCCUCGCUUCUCGCCCCUCCUCCUCCUCCUCCUCCUCCUCUCCACCAGCCGUCCAUGGCGAUCCAGAUGGCACCAGCUCUCCUUGCCUCUCUCCUCGUCAUGCUCCUCCUCCUCCUCCUCCUCUUCCUCCUCGCCUGCCGCCCCUGGCGUUUCAUCCGUCUCGCUCGCCUCCGUCGCCUUCUCUUCUCCCCCACCAUACCUUCCUCCGCCCUCAAGGGUUAGAUCGGCGCUGCAGAGGAAUGGAGGUUUUGGAUUAGCGUCUGAUGAUCUAGAAAGACCACUUUUUCGUGAAAAUGAGGACUAUGAAUCAGGCCAGAAUUAUGAUCUCUCUAGAAGUAUUACUGAUGUAUCUGCCAUUCGAAUUGAUGAGAGAAGUAAUGCACCAAGUACCCAUGUACUUGGCACUAAAAAGAGGGUUCAAUCAGCUGAUUUUCACAUCAAUGAAGCAAGUACUUUGUCAUUGGAUGUGAUCUCUGAUAUCCCAGAAGCUCUGCAAGUUGGUCAGACACUUAAACGUCCUAUAGUAUCUAAUUGGCCAGUUAAGGAUGCAAAACAUUUCAAAGAUGCUAGCCAUGAUCUUGAAUUUUCUGCCAAGGAUGUUGGAUCAUUACGAAGCUGCUUGACCCUAGAGGUCAUAGCUGGUCCUGCUCGGGGUUCAUGCUGUUCUCGACAGUCAAAAGACACGGACAUGCUUCCACUAACUCUUGGAAGGGUUUCUCCUUGUGAUUUGCUGUUAAAGGAUUCUGAGGUUUCUGGGAAGCAUGCUCUUAUUGACUGGAAUAUGAAUAGUUCAAAAUGGGAGCUUGUGGAUAUGGGCAGCUUGAAUGGAACACUUUUGAACUCUCAGGCAGUUCACCAUCCUCAAUCAGAAUCUCGGCAUUGGAGCAAUCCUGUUGAGCUUGCAAAUGGAGAUAUUGUAACUCUUGGGACUUCGUCAAGACUCCAUGUUCAAGUUACACAACACAUUGACAAGCAAAUUCCUUUUGGCAUUGGUAUGGCAUCUGAUCCUAUGGCUAUGCGUCGUGGUGGAAAAAUGCUUCCUAUGGAAGAUAUGUGCUAUUGCCAGUGGCCUCUUCCUGGUGUUGACCAGUAUGGACUUUUUUGCAUCUUCGAUGGCCAUGGGGGGGCAGGAGCAGCUAAAGCUGCAAGCAAGUUGCUACCAAAGAAUGUUGCCAACAUUCUGUCAGAUCCUGAUGCGAGGGGGAAGGUUUUCUCGCAAUGUGAUGCUUCAGGUGUCCUAAGAGAUGCAUUUUCUUUGACAGAAGCUGCUCUGGAUCAUCAAUAUGAGGGGUGUACUGCAACAGUUCUUUUAGUUUGGCUUGAUCAUAACGAAGAAAUCUUUGCUCAAUGUGCAAAUGUAGGUGAUUCAGCUUGUAUUAUGAGUAUUAAUGAGAAGCUGAUCAACAUGACAGAAGACCACCGGUUAUCUAGUUUGACUGAGCAUUCUCGCAUGGCAAAAAUGGGGAUGCCAUUGAAAGAUGGUGAAACACGUCUUUGUGGCAUAAAUCUUGCUCGAAUGCUUGGAGACAAGUUUUUGAAAGAACAGGAUGUGAGGUUCAGUUCAGAGCCCUACGUAAGCCCUGUUGUGCAUAUAUCAAAAGCAUGUACAGCAUUUGCAGUUAUCGCAAGUGAUGGUCUAUGGGAUGUUAUUAGUAACAAGAAAGCAGUACAGCUUGUCCUUCAGAUGAAGGCUAGAGAGAAUGCUCAUGACCAGGAUUCGGCGGGGCGGAUAGCAAAUUUUGUAUUAAAUGAAGCUAGGGCAUUGCGAACCAAGGACAACACAUCAGUUAUCUUAUUAGAUUUUGAUUCUAUGAGAAUUGAUAGUUGUAUCACCAACUCCUAGCUCUAACUGACAACUAAUAUAGUUAGCUGCUCAUCAUUAUCUCAAUGGUCAUAGUUUUUCCAGGCCUUGCGUUUUUCGUACUUUCCCGUUGUGUGCUUUUCUCUUUUUAAGUUUCUUUGAUAGAGUGAUAUUACUUAUUUAAACUUAAACUUCCUAGAUGAGUUAUUUAAUCAUGUACAUACAGAAAGAAAAAAUAAAAGGGGGUGGUUGUUCA